CACGCUUGUAACCGGGUACGGUAUGAAUACCCGCCGCUGAUUGUACAUAUAUAUCGAGACAAUAGAAGGUAUUAGUCGCUGAACUCUUUAGAACUCGUGCGUUACGCUAGUGUCGAAUAUCUAUAUAUCGUUAGCAGGUCUUGACUGGUUAAUUUUUCUUACAUGCAGUCAGUUCUUUGUUUCUAAGAGUCAGUUGUGCGUGCAGCGUCUUUCAGUGUACAUCUUCGGUCUUUCUCUGAACUAUUGUGUAUUAAUUUUAAUUUUAUUAGUAAAUAUGUCGGAUGAUGUGGAAGAAUAUGCAGUAGUUGAGUUCGAGGAAUGGAUUAAUGAUAAAAAAGCGGUAGAAGUAGUUCCGAUUGGUUGGCUGACCGAGGACGAAACUGUGUGUUACUGGCCGCCAAAACAUCAAGAAGAAAAUUUGCAAAAAUGGAUUGAGAUAAAAUACGCACCAGGUAAAACGUGGAUAAAGUAUCCUGUCAACGUCAUUAGCAAAGCAAGAGAUUAUGAUCAAGGGAUCCGUAGAUUGAAGAGAUCCUUUAAAAAAUAGUAUAUUACACACCGAGGGAAGUAAAGUAAGAAAUGUCUCAGAUCACAUGUAAUUAUUGGCCGAGGCGAAGCCGAGGUCAACAAACAUGUGAUCUGAGGCUUUCUUAUUUACUUCCCGAGGAGUGUAUACUAUUUUUCUCCUCGACGGAGGCGGGAAGCGGCAACUUCGUUUUGCACAGCGGGACGAAGGUUGACGCUUUCCGCCCGGAGGUGAGAAAAAGAAUGUUGACAGCACUGAGAGUGACUUACAAUUUAACGAUGACCAUCAACCUAUUAUGAUGAGUACUACGAGAGUGGCUCAGAUUCUAGCAAAGCCAAUUCCUUUGAAAACUACAAAAAAACAGCUAGACCACGGUCAGUCUUCAGAUUACAUAGAAUCCAAUUUACAACUACCUGAAAUUGAUGAAUUCGCUGAGAAUGAGAAUAAUAAUUCAAAUCAGAUUAGUUUGGAAAUUGACUCUGCUGAGAAGGUGCCAGAAUCACUAUCGGUGGAACCCAAAGAUUGACAUCUUUCAAACGGUCUCGGCCGGAUGCAACAAAUGCGAAGAUGAUGUCUAUAAGAUAAUGGGGAAAAUCAUCAAAAAAGAAGUACAAUUGCAGUAUAGCGGGGCUGGUAAAUUAAUUAAAGGUCUCAGAAAAAAAAGUUUCAAAGAAACUGAGACUUUCAAUGCUUUGGAUAGAUUCUUUACGGCUGAAUAUCAUGCCUCUAAAGAAAAAAUAAAAGUACUGACUGCGGUAAGUACUUUUUUAUCGGGGGUAAAAGACAGAGACGGUUGUCGGGCUCAGCGAAAUAAAAAUAUACAAAUUUUGGAAGAAUUAAACAACGAUAAAUAAAACAUAAAAAUACAGAUCAUUAUAAUUUAAAAAAUAAUAUAUAUUCAUGAUUAUUUUGAUACCGUCUUCUAAUAAUUAA